AUAAAACCGAAUAAUAAUUGUGUCGAAUCUAGCCUGCGAAACUGGUUUGCAGAACUGCAAUACACCGAGAGCAACUUAUCAACUUAUCUGUUCUACUAGUACACGCCCACCGAAAUAUCAUUUCUUCAGAAGUAAAUUCUCAAGUAUAAAAGAAGUGAUCCGAUUUUCAAAAAGUAUCAUUUGCAGUGUAAGCUCCACAGCAACAACAACAUUUCAAAAAUGGCAUUCAAACUCAUUGUCCUUUUCGCCGCUCUGGCCUACGCUAACGCUGGUUUCUUAGGAGCUCCAGCUGCGAUAUCCUAUGCCGCACCAGCUGUGACUGCCGUCCAUGCCGCUCCAGUUGCUUCAUCAUACUCCUACACCAACAGAAUCCAAUCUGCUCCAGUAGCUUAUGCUGCUCCAGCCGUAUCUUAUGCCGCACCAGCUGUGACUGCUGUCCAUGCCGCUCCAGUUGCUUCUUCAUACUCCUACACCAACAAAAUCCAAUCCGCUCCAGUAGCUUAUGCUGCCCCAGCCAUCUCAUACGCCGCUCCAGCUGUAACUGCCAUUCACGCCGCUCCAGUCGCCGUCGCUAAAGCCAUCCCAGCUGCCACUUCUUAUGCAUACAACAACAAAAUCUCUCAAUCUGUUUCCUACGCCGCUCCAGUUGCCACCUACGCCGCUGCUGCCCCAGUCAUCAAAUCUUACGCCACUACCUACGCCGCUGCCCCAGCUAUCUCCUACUCUGCACCAGCUCUGACCACUGUUCACGCCGCCCCAGCUCUCUCAUAUGCUUCCCCAGCUCUUUCUUAUGCUGCCCCAGCUGCCUACGCUACUUCAGCAUACUCCUACGGAAGCCCAGCUGCUUACGCUGCCCCUUUGGCUCUCCAGAAAUACCACUUGUAAAUAAAUAUGGAAUGAAUCUAUGGAAAGCAGGCAGACAUGUUGCUGUUGCUUAGACGCAUUACAUCUUUUUCAUAUUAUUUAUUUAUACAUUUAUAUGUCUGGAUUGUAAAUAAUAAACUGUAAAUUUCAA